CAGCGCUCGCAAGCCUGGUGGAAGAUGGCGGCGUCCAGGGCGAGCCUCUGAGAGGCAGAGGGAGGAGCGGAGGGGGUGGGGGCCGCGGCGCAGGAACCCGCGGCGACAGGCCCCGGCGGGGAAAAGGAAAGCGAGAGGGGACGGGGCCGGCGGCGCCUCCAUCCCACUCAAGACGUGGAGCCGGCGGCGGGCGGAGCUCGGGCUGGAGCGCCUCCAGCCUCCUGCGAAGGUUUCAGCACAAAAUGAACAUAAUUAGGGAAAAUAAGGAUCUGGCAUGUUUCUACACAACCAAGCACUCAUGGAGGGGGAAGUAUAAACGAGUCUUUUCAGUUGGAACCCAUGCAGUUACUACAUAUAAUCCCAAUACCUUAGAAGUAACAAAUCAGUGGCCUUAUGGAGACAUUUGUAGCAUCAGCCCUGUUGGGAAAGGACAAGGAACAGAGUUCAACCUCACAUUCCGUAAAGGCAGUGGGAAAAAGUCAGAAACGUUGAAGUUUUCUACAGAGCACAGAACAGAGCUGCUUACGGAAGCUUUGAGAUUUAGAACUGACUUUGCAGAGGGAAAAAUCACAGGAAGGAGAUACAACUGCUACAAGCAUCACUGGAGCGAUGCAAAGAAACCUGUGGUUUUGGAAGUAACUCCUGGAGGCUUUGACCAAAUAAAUCCUGUAACCAACAGAGUGCUGUGUUCCUAUGACUACAGGAAUAUUGAAGGCUUCGUAGAUCUCUCUGAUUAUCAGGGAGGAUUUUGUAUACUCUAUGGAGGAUUUAGUAGAUUGCAUUUAUUUGCAUCAGAGCAAAGAGAAGAGAUCAUUAAAAGUGCAAUAGAACACGCUGGCAACUACAUAGGUAUCUCCCUGCGGAUCAGGAAAGAGCCACUGGAAUUUGAGCAAUAUUUGAAUCUUCGUUUUGGGAAAUACAGCACUGAUGAGUCUAUCACAUCUUUGGCAGAGUUUGUGGUCCAAAAAAUAUCUCCUCGACAUUCGGAACCUGUGAAAAGAGUUCUGGCGGUCACAGAAACAUGCUUAGUGGAGCGAGAUCCAGCAACCUACAACAUUGCAACAUUGAAGCCCCUGGGAGAAGUAUUUGCAUUGGUUUGUGACUCAGAAAACCCACAACUUUUUACCAUUGAGUUUAUAAAAGGGCAAGUUCGGAAAUACUCUUCAACAGAAAGAGAUUCCUUGUUAGCAAGCUUGCUGGAUGGAGUAAGAGCCUCUGGUAACAGAGAUGUUUGUGUUAAGAUGGCACCGACCCACAAAGGCCAGCGAUGGGGGUUACUCAGCAUGCCUAUAGACGAGGAAGUCGAGAGCCUUCACCUCAGAUUCCUGGCUGCACCUCCUAAUGGCAACUUUGCAGAUGCUGUAUUCAGGUUCAACGCUAACAUUUCCUACAGUGGAGUGCUGCAUGCAGUAACACAGGAUGGUCUCUUCUCAGAAAACAAGGAAAAGCUCAUCAAUAAUGCAAUAACAGCACUGUUGUCUCAAGAGGGGGAUGUCGUUGCCUCAAAUGCAGAACUUGAGAGCCAGUUCCAAGCUGUGAGGAGACUUGUAGCCUCCAAAGCUGGUUUCCUGGCCUUCACGCAGCUUCCAAAGUUUCGGGAGCGCCUAGGAAUGAAGGUAGUGAAAGCACUCAAGAGAAGCAACAACGGAGUCAUCCACGCGGCUGUGGAUAUGCUCUGUGCCCUCAUGUGUCCUAUGCAUGAUGACUAUGACCUAAGACAAGAGCAGCUAAACAAAGCUUCUCUUCUCUCUUCAAAGAAGUUUCUGGAAAACUUAUUGGAGAAAUUUAAUUCCCAUGUGGAUCAUGGGACCGGUGCCCUAGUAAUUAGUUCACUCUUGGACUUCCUUACCUUUGCCCUCUGUGCUCCAUAUAGUGAGACAACUGAAGGGCAGCAGUUUGAUAUGCUCUUAGAGAUGGUAGCCUCCAAUGGAAGAACCCUUUUUAAACUCUUUCAGCAUCCUUCCAUGGCGAUUGUGAAGGGAGCUGGAUUGGUUAUGAAGGCAAUAAUAGAGGAAGGUGACAGAGAGAUUGCUACUAAGAUGCAGGAGCUCGCUCUAAGUGAGGGUGCCUUACCUCGACACUUACACACUGCGAUGUUUACAAUCAGUUCAGAUCAGCGCAUGCUUACGAAUAGACAGCUAAGUAGACAUCUAGUGGGACUCUGGACCGCUGAUAACACAACUGCCACAAACUUGUUGAAACGCAUACUGCCACCAGGCUUGUUGGCAUACUUGGACAGUUCAGAUCCAGUUCCAGAGAAGGAUGCAGACCGCAUGCACGUCAGAGACAAUGUGAAAAUAGCAAUGGAUCAAUAUGGAAAAUUUAAUAAAGUUCCAGAGUGGCAAAGAUUAGCUGGAAAAGCUGCCAAAGAAGUUGAGAAGUUUGCCAAAGAAAAGGUUGAUCUUGUGUUGAUGCACUGGAGGGAUAGGAUGGGCAUUGCUCAGAAAGAGGACAAAAACCAUAUGAAUAUAAAUCAAAAGCCAGUAGUUCUUCGAAAGAGAAGACAAAGAAUAAAAAUAGAAGCAAACUGGGAUCUCUUCUAUUACAGGUUUAGUCAAGACCACGCUAGAUCGAACCUCAUUUGGAAUUUUAAAACACGAGAAGAACUGAAAGAUGCCCUUGAGUCUGAGAUGCGGACAUUUAACAUCGACAGGGAGCUGGGCAGCGCCAGUGUCAUCUCCUGGAACCACCAUGAGUUUGAGGUUAAAUAUGAGUGCCUGGCAGAGGAAAUCAAAAUAGGAGACUAUUACUUGAGAUUGUUAUUGGAGGAGGAUGAAAAUGAAGAAAGUGGAUCAAUAAAAAGAUCGUAUGAAUUUUUCAAUGAGCUCUACCACCGCUUCCUGCUCACUCCAAAAGUUAACAUGAAGUGUUUGUGUUUACAAGCCCUUGCUAUCGUUUAUGGCAGAUGCCAUGAAGAAAUAGGGCCCUUCACAGAUACGAGAUACAUCAUUGGGAUGUUAGAAAGGUGCACUGAUAAACUUGAGCGGGAUAGGCUGAUCCUCUUCCUCAACAAGCUGAUCCUUAAUAAGAAAAACGUUAAGGACCUCAUGGACUCGAACGGCAUUAGAAUUCUUGUGGACUUGCUAACUCUUGCACAUCUCCAUGUGAGCCGAGCGACAGUCCCCUUGCAGAGCAAUGUGAUUGAAGCGUCUCCAGAUAUGAAGAGAGAGAGUGAGAAGGAGUGGUAUUUUGGCAACGCAGACAAAGAAAGGAGUGGGCCAUAUGGAUUUCAUGAGAUGCAAGAAUUAUGGGCCAAAGGAAUGUUGAAUGCAAAAACCAGAUGUUGGGCUCAAGGCAUGGAUGGAUGGCGACCGCUCCAGGCGAUACCUCAGCUUAAGUGGUGCCUGUUAGCCAGUGGGCAGGCUGUUCUGAAUGAAACUGACCUUGCUACCUUAAUACUGAACAUGUUGAUCACAAUGUGUGGAUAUUUUCCAAGCAGGGACCAGGAUAAUGCCAUCAUUCGUCCUCUGCCCAGAGUGAAAAGACUGCUGUCAGAUAGCACCUGCCUUCCCCAUGUCAUCCAGUUACUGCUGACCUUUGACCCUAUCCUUGUUGAGAAGGUUGCCAUCUUAUUACAUCACAUUAUGCAAGAUAACCCACAGUUGCCUCGCCUCUAUCUCAGCGGAGUGUUUUUCUUCAUCAUGAUGUAUACAGGUUCCAACGUGCUUCCUGUUGCUCGGUUUUUAAAAUAUACACAUACCAAACAGGCUUUCAAGUCUGAGGAGACUAAAGGACAAGAUAUUUUUCAGAGAAGUAUACUUGGACAUAUCUUACCUGAAGCAAUGGUUUGCUACCUAGAAAAUUAUGAACCUGAGAAGUUUUCUGAGAUUUUCCUUGGUGAAUUUGACACUCCAGAAGCAAUCUGGAGCAGUGAGAUGCGGCGUCUCAUGAUAGAGAAGAUUGCUGCCCAUCUUGCUGACUUCACCCCUCGCCUGCAGAGCAAUACAAGAGCACUUUAUCAAUACUGUCCCAUCCCGGUUAUCAAUUAUCCACAGCUAGAAAAUGAACUAUUCUGUAAUAUUUAUUACCUUAAACAACUUUGUGAUACACUCCGGUUUCCAGAUUGGCCAAUUAAAGACCCAGUUAAGCUUCUGAAAGAUUCCCUUGACGCUUGGAAGAAGGAAGUAGAAAAGAAGCCACCUAUGAUGUCCAUAGACGAUGCUUAUGAAGUGCUUAAUCUGCCUAUAGGCCAGGGGCUGCAUGAUGAAAGCAAGAUCAGAAAAGCUUACUUUAGACUGGCACAGAAAUACCACCCGGAUAAGAACCCAGAAGGAAGGGACAUGUUUGAAAAAGUAAAUAAAGCAUAUGAAUUUUUAUGUACCAAGUCAACAAAAAUAGUGGAUGGACCAGAUCCAGAGAAUAUAAUUUUAAUUCUGAAAACCCAGAGCAUCCUUUUCAACCGCCAUAAAGAAGAGUUACAGCCUUAUAAAUAUGCAGGAUAUCCCAUGCUAAUUAGGACCAUAACAAUGGAGACUUCAGAUGACCUCCUCUUCUCAAAAGAAUCACCACUGUUGCCUGCGGCUGCAGAGCUGGCUUUCCACACAGUCAACUGCUCAGCCCUCAACGCUGAAGAGCUCAGAAGAGAGAAUGGGUUAGAGGUGUUACAGGAGGCAUUUAGUCGCUGUGUGGCUGUCCUGAAUCGCUCCAGUAAGCCAAGUGACAUGUCAGUGCAGGUGUGUGGACACAUAAGCAGAUGCUACAGUGUGGCUGCCCAGUUUGAAGAGUGCCGGGAGAAGAUCACAGAAAUGCCUGGCAUCAUCAAGGACCUCUGCCGUGUGCUGUAUUUUGGCAAGUGUAUCCCACGGGUGGCCGCCCUCGCAGUAGAAUGUGUCAGCUCUUUCGCUGUGGAUUUCUGGCUACAGACACAUCUAUUUCAGGCUGGGGUUUUGUGGUAUCUGCUUGUUUAUCUGUUUAACUAUGAUUACACAUUGGAAGAGAGCGGCAUUCAGAAAGAUGAAGAGACAAACCAGCAGGUAACUUUUAGUAAGUCGUUGGGACGCCAAACCCUGAAGAUGCUUAACAGCAACACAGAGAGCCCGUAUUUGAUGUGGAACAACUCUACAAGGGCAGAACUGCUUGAGUUUCUUGAGUCACAACAAGAAAAUAUGAUCAAAAAGGGUGAUUGUGACAAAACUUAUGGGGCAGAAUUUGUCUACAGUGAACAUGCCAAAGAACUUAUCGUUGGUGAGAUUUUUGUUAGAGUCUAUAAUGAAGUCCCAACUUUCCAGCUAGAGGUUCCAAAAGAGUUUGCUGCAAGUCUGUUGGAUUACAUAGGCUCUCAGGCCCAGUACCUCCACACGUUCAUGGCCAUCACUCAUGCUGCAAAAGUGGAGUCGGAGCAACAUGGGGACCGCUUACCAAGAGUGGAAAUGGCUUUGGAGGCUCUGAGAAAUGUGAUCAAAUACAACCCAGGUUCUGAAAGUGAAUGCAUCGGGCACUUUAAGUUAAUAUUUUCUCUUCUCCGAGUCCAUGGAGCUGGUCAGGUGCAGCAGCUGGCAUUAGAGGUUGUGAAUAUAGUGACAUCCAACCAAGACUGUGUCAAUAACAUUGCAGAAUCCAUGGUUUUGUCCAACUUGUUGGCUCUUCUACACUCAUUGCCAUCGAGCCGUCAGCUAGUUCUGGAGACUCUCUAUGCUUUGGCAUCAAAUACAAAGAUAAUCAAAGAAGCCAUGGCAAAAGGAGCUUUGAUUUAUUUAUUGGAUAUGUUCUGCAAUUCAACACACCCUCAGGUUCGAUCCCAGACAGCUGAACUUUUUGCCAAAAUGACAGCAGAUAAACUAAUAGGUCCAAAGGUGCGAAUUACAUUAAUGAAAUUUCUGCCCAGUGUGUUCAUGGAUGCCAUGAGAGACAACCCUGAAGCUGCUGUGCAUAUAUUUGAGGGAACUCACGAAAAUCCAGAGCUGAUCUGGAAUGACAGCUCCAGAGAUAAGGUUUCCACAACUGUGAGAGAGAUGAUGCUGGAGCACUUUAAAAAUCAACGGGACAACCCAGAUGUGAACUGGAAGUUGCCUGAAGACUUUGCUGUGGUGUUCGGAGAAGCAGAGGGGGAGCUUGCUGUUGGAGGAGUUUUCUUGAGGAUCUUUAUUGCACAGCCAGCUUGGGUGCUGAGGAAACCCAGAGAAUUUCUUAUUGCACUGCUAGAAAAAUUAACUGAGCUCCUGGAGAAGAACAAUCCACAUGGAGAAACUCUGGAAACACUGACCAUGGCGACAGUUUGUCUCUUCAGUGCACAGCCUCAGUUGGCAGAUCAAGUCCCGCCAUUGGGCCAUCUUCCCAAAGUUAUCCAGGCGAUGAAUCACAGAAACAAUGCCAUUCCUAAGAGUGCAAUUCGGGUUAUUCACGUCCUGUCUGACAAUGAGCUGUGUGUCCGAGCCAUGGCGUCCUUGGAGACCAUUGGCCCGCUGAUGAAUGGGAUGCGAAAGCGAGCAGAUACUGUGGGCCUGGCCUGUGAAGCCAUCAACCGCAUGUUCCAGAAGGAGCAGAGUGAGCUAGUAGCGCAGGCAUUGAAAGCAGAGUUGGUUCCAUACCUCUUAAAGCUGCUUGAAGGCGUAGGCCUUGAAAACCUCGACAGUCCUGCUGCCACCAAGGCCCAGAUUGUCAAAGCUCUUAAGGCAAUGACUCGAAGUCUGCAGUAUGGAGAGCAGGUGAGUGAGAUCCUAUCUCGGUCUUCGGUCUGGAGCGCCUUCAAAGACCAGAAACAUGACUUGUUCAUCUCUGACUCCCACACAGCAGGAUACCUCACAGGACCUGGAGUUGCUGGCUACCUUACAGCAGGUACAUCCUCAUCAGCCAUGUCUAAUCUGCCGCCUCCUGUAGACCAUGAGGCAGGAGACCUUGGCUAUCAGACUUGAAACACUCAGACAGUAAAUGCUGGAAGGCCAGUACUGCGCCCACAUUCCUCCAACCAACAUGUUGAAACAGACUCCGCUGCCUUUCUCCUGGUGUCAUGUCAGUGUUAUUCCUUUUCUAUAAAUAGACUUUUAUUUAGGAGAAGAGCCCAUGGCUCUGACGUAUCACGUUCUGAGAAAGCACUGUGGGUCAACCACCUGGGUACACGAGAAUUUCUUCUUCUUGAUGUAUGUAAGCACAUUUUGUUCCUUUAUAUCUGUUUACAAGACUGUGAAUCAAAAAGACAAACUCUCUUCCUAGUUUUUAUAACUUUUUUUUUAAUUACUGUGACUGUGGGAUUAAGCUGCAGUCUACAAACAUUGGGCUAAAUCUUAUCCCAGAGCAGGGCGCCUCUCUCUCCUGCACCAGGUCUCCAUGACCGUCUUCCUCUCAUCGUCCCUCCACCUAUGACCAGAUCCUCAAUCAUUAACUCUGAGAGCUCGGUGCACAUCGGUGUGUAUGACAGGCAUCACCAAACUGAACGACAAGGAGCUUGUGCAAAAAAAAUUAAAACUAAAAAUGGAUGUGAAGAUGUUAUGUAAGAGAUUAGUGUAAUUGUGAAAUGUUCUAUACAUUAUCAAAUAUAUAAAGCUUUCUAUAUUGAAUGUACAUUAUACAGAUCAUUCAUAUGUGUACAUAAAAUUUUAAAAAUAAAGGGAAUUGACUGCUUUGUUAAUGAGAUAUGUAUGUUCUGUA